UUGAAAAAGGGAAGGGAGGAGCAGACAGAGAUAAUGAGAAAGGAAAAAGCAGAGAACAGAAAGCGUUGGCCAUAAGAAUAGGCAAGAGAAUGAGAAACGUGUGCGCUGUGCUGGGGGGAGGUGUGCGGUGUGUGUACGGUUGGCCGUGUGUGAGUGGAUUUAUGUGUGUGUCGCCACUCGCUCUGUCUGUGCGCCGCACAGACUGGGAGAAAUAGAAAAAAAGGAAUACAACCCCAACAAGGCCAGAUUGCUCGUGGACCGCUGCUGUGCCAGCAAGAAAUUCUCAUGCUACUCUCUGUCUCCUCUUCUGCUCCCUGCUCUUCGAUCGGCAGCCCCGUCUGUACGUCUAGGACGAUACUGUUCACAAAGUUACUUCAGUGGAUGGCCCCAGAAGUGGAGGCCAGAUGGAAAUUGGGUCACAUGACCGCCUCCAGGAAGGCGCGCUGAGCCUGGAACUGGCCAAUGGGGUGAAUCAGUACCCUAAUGAUGGUGAGGCAUCUAUGGAAACAGAGCAGCAGAGUGCGGAAAGUGUGCCACCAAGGCAGUGCUGGGGGCCUGGACAUGGCAAUGUUAGUGACACCCAAAAACAGCAAACAUGUGGUGCAACCCCCACUGAAUCUGUCCACCAUGCAGACAUGGAGGAUGCCCAAAAUCUGGUUGCUUUUUCUGCUAUAGCUGGCUCCCUGCCUCAUUCUUCCUCCUCUUCCUGCCACCUCGUGCAGGCUACUAUUGCCCAAUUGUAUGAGAAGUUCAUCCAGGAGACAGAUGCUGGGGAGGCUCAAGCUAGAGUAUCUACAGGGGCUCCUGAGGGUAGCUGCCAACCUUCAGAAGACCUGGAGACCUUACAAAAAGCACUGAGCCAAGCAAAACGUGGACACAAGCCUCCCAAUUGCAACUGUGAUGGGCCUGACUGUCCAGACUACCUUGAGUGGCUGGAAAAGAAGAUUAAGUUAGCAACCACUGAGGAUCAAGGCUCCUGCAAAAUGGUUGAUGCUCCCUUACAUUUACAACCUCACCUUCAGCAACCCCAUUUAGCGCAUCACCCUCAGCCCUACCAACAGGUGAACGGUGGCCACCAUAUGUCUACUUCAUGCACUCAGCAUCAACAGGUAACCCAAGGCCCUCACCCAGACCAAGUGCCCUGCUCCAAACCACCAAUUCCUUGCUCUCCCCAGGUGCUCUCCAUAGCCAAGGAGAAGAACAUCAGUCUUCAGACAGCCAUUGCUAUAGAUGCUCUGACCCAGUUGUCUGGUACCAGUCCACAAACUGCCGCUUCUUCAGGUCAAGCUCCCUACAAAAGUAACCUCCAUCACCAUCAACACAACCAAAACAUCACAUCUCAGCCUCUCAAUGGCAUUGGCAUGAUCCCAUCCUCUUCUGCCAUCUACUCAUCUUCUUCACGCUCUCAGUCUGUCCCUCCAGGACUACACACCAGCCAGCAGGGCCUAGAGUCAUGUGAGCAUCACAGGCCCCAAUCCCAGGGCCAUCCACCCCAUGUUACCCCUCUCCAGUCCUCUACCUCUCCCUUCCCAGAUCAGGGAAAACCACCAGGCUUCAACCCUAAUCCCCAGCAGUGGCAGGAAGGCUCAGGCAGAGGCCCAGAACACAGAACUCCAUGGAUGUGUGUGAAGUCUGAGCCUCAGUCUCAUCUUGUCACUGCACCUCAUAGUAGCUCAGACCCCAUGUCAGAGCUCAAACAGCUGCUUGGUGACACCAGUAGCAAGUUCAGAAAUGGUCCUUUUAAGCUUCCAGCUUUGCAACAAAUUAGCUUAAACCAGAAUGGGCUUAUCCAGGUCCAGGAUAACCCAGCAUUGGCCAUGAUUAAACAAGAGUCAGACUCUGGUGACCACUGUCAUCACCCUGCCUCCAUGGGACAUUAUGGUAUGGCUAAUGGUCAACAACAGGAUCAGCACUACCCUGGCACUCCUGGCCAGGCAGCCAUCAGCCACUUCACUCAGACAGCUCUACAACAGCACCUUCACUACAAGAGGAACCUCUUCCCAACCCCCCCCACUGGCUUUGUAGGCACAGGCCCACACUUGAAAAAAUGGUGGCCACAGAUGGAUGCAGAGGGCCUGUCACAUCUGGCCAUCAAACAGGAACCCAAGAGGAAAAAAAUCAGCCAAGGAUCUCCUGGUUUCAAAGCUAUGACUGGGAUGUUUUUAGGUCCUCCCGUCCCCAAACCCAAGCAGAUAAUUAUCAAGAAGCCCAAGCAGAAAGCCUCCAUGCCAACCUUCCUGCCUCAGACUCAGAUCACCAUAAAGAAACCACCAGUCCACAUGAUGGAAAGAGCCUCAGCCCUACAAACAGAUUCCCUUGACCUGCCCCUCCACAGUAACUUCACUCAGGCUGCUGCUGCAGGCCUCCCUGCCCCAGCCCAAUCUCAGGUAUCCAUUUUCAACUCCUCGAUGACUCCCUCUUCCACUGUUUCUGUUCCGUCAGAAAACACUCCAGCUCUCAUGGGCCCCCUACCGCAACCUGUGGCCCUGUCAGCUCAAAAUAAGUCAGAAGAGAUGGGCAGCCUGGCCUCCAGUAAUACCAGCACCAUGACACCUGUGACCUCCACAUCUUCACCCAGCACCUCAAAUUUACCAAGUGUCAUUAACUUGGACCCGAAGUACGAAGAACUGAUCCGCCAGUUUGAGGCUGAAUUUGGGGACUCAGUCCCAGACAUAUCUGCCAGUCAGCCCAUGGAGGAGACUGCUACAGCCCCAAAGCCAGGGAAUCAGUCCCUGAGCAGUCCUCAGGACCUCAGUCCCACAUCAUCAUCCACCUUCCAGUCACUUCCCUUAAUUUCCAAAAGUCAACCCACCCCUACACCUCAUCAAGAUGAUCAGAUGGAACUCAGCAAAGAUGAGUCAGGGACCCAAAUUGAGGCAGCCUUGAGCCAGGCAUCCACAGAAAGCCAUGUGGACAUGGAGCACAAGGGGUCCGUUCAAGUUUCUCUGCAACAGGAAGAUACUGUGGAGAAGCAGCAGCCCAGAGUGGUGCAGGAUACAUUUAGCAUGCCAUGUUCUCCGCUGUCAAAACGCAUGAAGAUUGAAUCCUCGGGUGAUAUAACAGUAGUCUCCACCACCUUAUCUGGGGAGGACACACCAACUAAGGAUAGCCUGCCCUCUUCUCCAUCUCUCAAAGGCUUCUUGGACUCUCCUUUACGCUACCUGGACACCCCCACCAAGAGCUUGCUAAAUACUCCUUCCAAGGUUCUUCAGGCCGAGUUCCCCACCUGUACUUGCGUGGAACAAAUAAUUGAGAAAGAUGAAGGGCCCUACUACAAUCACCUGGGAUCUGGACCUUCUGUGGCCUCCAUACGAACUCUGAUGGAGACAAGGUUUGGAGAGAAGGGGAAAGCCAUCCGGAUUGAGAAGGUGGUUUACACAGGCAAAGAGGGAAAGAGUUCACAUGGAUGUCCUAUCGCUAAGUGGGUGAUCCGUAGGGGCAGCGAGGAAGAGAAGCUGAUGUGUCUGGUGCGGCAACGUGCAGGCCAUUACUGUGCCAACGCUGUCAUCAUCGUCGUCAUUAUAGCCUGGGAAGGUGUCCCGAGGGCCCUGGCUGACAAACUGUACAGAGAGGUCACCGACACCCUCACCAAACAUGGCAACCCCACCAGCCGACGCUGUGGCCUCAAUGAGGAUCGUACCUGCGCCUGUCAAGGCAAGGAUCCUGAUACUUGUGGUGCUUCCUUCUCUUUUGGCUGCUCAUGGAGUAUGUACUUUAACGGCUGCAAGUAUGCCCGAAGCAAAAUGCCGCGAAAGUUCAGGCUACAGGGAGACCACCCUGAAGAGGAGGAAAAACUCAGGGAUAACUUCCAGAAUCUGGCAACUGAGGUGGCUCCUGUGUACAAGCGACUGGCACCUCAGGCCUACAGUAACCAGUGCCAGUCAGAGUCCAGAGCUCCUGACUGCAGGCUGGGCUUGAAGGAAGGCCGUCCAUUCUCUGGAAUCACUGCUUGCAUGGACUUCUGUGCUCACGCUCAUAAGGAUCAACACAACCUGUACAACGGAUGCACAGUGGUGUGUACUUUAACAAAGGAGGACAACCGAACGGUGGGGGAAAUCCCCGAGGAUGAGCAGCUCCACGUGUUGCCUCUUUACACAAUAUCCCCGACAGAUGAGUUCGGCAGCGAGGAGGCCCAGCGCCGUAAGAUGGAGACAGGAGCUAUCCAGGUGCUUAAUGCUUUCCGUCGUGAGGUGCGCAAGUUGCCCGAACCUGCCAAGUCUUGCCGACAGCGCCGACUGGAAGCAAAGAAGGCCGCUUCGGAGAAAAAGAAAAAUAAACUCAUGCAGCAGGCAGGGGAGACGCCAGAGAAGAUGGGCAUCAAAGAUGAGGACUGCAUCAGAAGUUCCCCUCAUCCCCAAGGCAAUAAAGCAGUUAUAAAACAAGAGGUGAAGCCCAACAUCAGAAAGGAUCCCUCAAACGGAUCAAUAGAUGGAUAUUCUGUGCAAGCAGCAGACCCAUUAAAUAUCAUGUAUACAAACCCUGCCUACUAUGCAAGGGGAGGCCCCCCCCCAACUGGCCAGCCCUCUGCACCUGAUACAGUAAAUGGUUACCACACCAGUAUGCCGGCAAUGCAGUAUGGCUACUACAACUACCCACCCAAUGCACUUUUCCCCCCUAAGCUGAGGACCUAUGAGGGUCGAAAUGGCUCUUUGCCCAAAGCUGGCUGUAAAGCUGUCCAGGUAGAUCAGAAGCCUGACAUUCAAAACUUUCAGGCCAGGAUGGCCCUAUCCUGCUCCAGCCAACCAGAGCAAACCAACCAACCAAACCACAUGGCUUACACCCAGUCUCCAGUUUAUAGCCAAUCCCGUCCUUCCUCUGUCUCCUCUGAGCCCUCCAACAGAGGCACUCCUCUCAUCAAACAGGAGCCUAUGGAUGUGCCAGUCUACGAAGGCACGUUGCCGAACCAGGUUGAAGCCAACGCAUCGAGAACCACCCCCCAGCCUGUGGCCUGGCCUGGGCACAAGCUUAAUGGAAGUUUUAUUCCCACCACUUGGGAUGCCCAUCCAAACCAUAAACAAAGUUCCGAGGCCUCAUCGUUGAACCCAGACAAACAGCAGCAGUUUCACCAGCAUCCCCAGCAGCGGCAGGCCUCUCCUUAUCCCCAGCAGUGGACAUCCUACCCUGGCUCAAACGCCAUGAGGGCUUCCCCUGCCCCAUCACCAUCGCUCCAGGUACCUCCCUCUCCAUCUCCAUCCCCUCAACUAGGCACAGUGCUCCAAGCUAACACACAUCAAGCCUCCUCUCGCCCUGGUACUCCUCGUCCAAGCACCCCUCACCCUGUUACCCCACAGCCUGGUGCCUCUCACUCAGGCCGACUUACACCACAGCCAAGCACCCCACGUCCAGGCACCCCUAGGCACUGGCCAAGCCCCGUUCCUAGUCCACAGCCACAUGCGUGGGCCAUGGGGCCUGCAGCUUUUAGCCCUGGUUUGAAGCACAGCAAUCCUGCAGGAGCCUAUCCUGACAAGAUCUGGUGCAAGACUGGAGAAAGUCGGUGUUCCACUCCUGUUGGGCCCCAAGAAAAAGCCUGGAAAUCUUUUGGUGGUUCAGUGGCGGGUAACACCCCUUCUCCUGCUCCUGAGGGUCGCCUCUUCCCUGAUGCCCUGCAGCAGUCAGAUCAGUCCUGCUACACCCCCAGCCGAGCAGAGAGCGAUGCUGAGAGCACCAAGAAUUGUGAGGAGGAUGAGGAUGAGGUUUGGUCUGACAGCGAGCACAACUUCCUGGACCCUUACAUUGGCGGCGUAGCAGUGGCACCGGCCCAUGGCUCCAUCCUCAUUGAAUGUGCCCGUCGGGAAUUACAUGCUACCACUCCACUCAAAAGGCCUGACCGCUCCCACCCCUCCCGCAUCUCCCUGGUCUUCUACCAGCACAAGAACCUCAACCAGCCCAUGCACGGCCUGGCUCUGUGGGAGGCCAAAAUGAAGCUGCUGGCAGAGCGAGCGCUGCAGAGGCAGCAGGAAGCAGCUCUCCUUGGCCUCUCCCAGGAAGAUAUCAAGACACUUGGGAAGAAACGCAAAUGGGGUGCUAUGGUGGCAGGCGCUAGUCCAGGACCUGGACAAUCUAAAGACAAGAAGGAGGGGCCAGUGACGCGGUUAGCCCCCACUUUCUACACCACCUCUGUGGUUACUGUGUCUCCCUAUGCCUUCACCCGCCUCACUGGGCCCUACAGCCACUUUGUGUGAGGACAGACAGACACAGAUAGACUGACAGCUACAGAGUGGUGCAGUGGAGGGCUGGAGAGAGCACUGAGCAGAAUCAAUGUCUCUCAGCUGUCCCGCAGUCUGGCAUCUCUCCAUCCUGCCCCCUCUACAGUCCUCUUGGAGGAGGGGACAUUUUUAUUGUUUUUUACCUCAUGUCAGGCAGUGGUUUGGGCUUCAGACACACUGCCUGUGGUGCUCUUCCUCUCGCUUCCCUGGAGAGGAACUCCAUUGCUUUUUCUUGUUUAUAGAAUUAUAAUGAUUCUAAUUAUUGCUAUUAUUAUCAAUAUUAUUAUGAUUGUUACUGUCAAUGUUGUUAUUACAGGUAUUAUUAUAAUGAAGACUUGUUUGUUUUUUAUUAUUGCUCUUUUCUUUAAUGUUAUUAUUAAUGAGGUGAUUGUUUUUGGUUUUGUAUUUUUGUUAAAUCAAUCAGUCUGAGUGUGACAGACUCGGACAGUUGCUUUUUUUCCAUGUUUGGAAAAUGUGCACCCUUUUUUUUUCCAUUUGACUUUCUUUGUUCUUAUUAAUCUUAAAGCUGUAUUUAGAUGAGGAGGAGCCAUUAUCUCCCUGAUACGGCAGAAAAAUCAACAAUACAGUGAUCACAAUCUUUGGUUUUACUUUGUAAAGCUAUUUUUGGGGCCUCAUAAAGAAUAUUCCCAAUUUUACCACCAUUAUGAGGAUUGUGAUCAAAAGUUUUUAUUGUUAAUGAGUAAGUCAGCCAGCAUCACCACUGUCAAAUACACCACUGACAGUCUACUUUUUCACUCUAAUAAACAACUAUUUGCAUAAAUGUUUAAAACAAUGAAAGAAAGAGGGAAAGGCAGGAAUUAACCGAAGCUCUUUGGCUCCGGGUACCCAGCAAAAGGCCGCUAGUUGGGUGUUGUGUCUGUAACCAAUUAUUGUGAUGCAAAAAGGGAGAAAAUAGUGCCCAGUUUCAAAAGAACUGUUAAACCCCGCUGCGAGAAAACCUUGCAGCUUGUCUUGUCGUCAGAUGAUGUGCUCCUCCUACUCACCCUUCUAGCUUUUGACUGGUGCUCAGCUUCCUGCUCUGAUCGAUUUCCGCUACUCUUCAUGGCAGUUGAUGCUGUAUUUAGGUGCUCUAACUUAAAUUUGGCUCGAAUAGUAUUUGCAACUAAAUAAUUUCGUUUCAGCCCAGGUGGCGUACCAGAACAUUGGGAUUUACUGCUUUGGCACAGAGGUGCAGAACAUGUGUGGUGCUAUGGAAAGCCCUAAUGAAUUAUCUCACAAAUGCUUUCUUUUGCUUGCCAUGUUUUCCUGUGCGGAGAACUGUGGUUCUCAUAUCUGGUACUCCACAGAGGCCAAAAUACUGUUUGUGAAAGCCGUUUAACCCAGAUCUGUUAUCCACACAGAGAUGGAGCAGAUGGCACUCUGUAUCUUCCUAUAACAUUCAAGUAGGAGUGAGCACUUCCCAGUGUAAACGCUAGAGGGCAGCGUCGACUGCCGUUUCAAGUGGUGUGUAAAAACAAGCCUAUAAGCACUUGGGAUUCAUUUAGAUGGCAGCCUUGCCUUGUUGCUUUAACCACUCAUGGCCAGUAGAGGGGGGGCCUUGCACCCUGUUUUCUGAGCAUGGAUGGGACUUAAUGAAGCAGCUCCAGGCAAAGCUGACAUUACAAAUGUGCCACAAAUGUGAACAAAGUCUGGAGAUGCCUAUGGGAAACCCAUCCAGGGUUAGAGAAGAAGGAAACAGUGUUGGGACAGCAGUGCUUUUGGUGCUCAUACACACACUCUGGUGCUCUCCUAUUACACUUGAUUUACUGUGAAGGGCCCACUCCUUUCUCUGCAUGGUGCUGUCAUCUUUGAGCAGAGCGAGGCGUGUCCUUCCGCAGGCACCUUGUCACCACAGAGCCAGCCAAUCAAAAUGGCCACCAUGUGGUUCCGCUCCACACUGGGCUCAAAAACUGGUUUCCUUUUGAGGAGUUUUUGCAGUUUGUUGUGGCAUGUAGUGGUUUUUGUCUCAAACAAAGUACACUGUACAGGGCAGAGAAAGCACAGUCAUUCACUGCAUGUCUUGGUAACCCAUUAGCAGUGCUUUUCACAGAGAAGAUAGUACUGAGAGAUAAAGGGAAACUGUAGAACAUUUCUGUAGCUUCCAGGGGUUGGCGCUGAAUGCAGACGCAUCAAAUAAUGGAUCUCUCACUUUGUGCGCGAGUGCGUCUGAAAGUGAAAGAGAAGAGCCAAAGAGAGAGACUAUUUGAUAGCCUGGCGAGAGUCCCGUAAAUCACUCAUUUUUAUUUUCUUCGUGCUCACAUGGUUCCCCUGCAACAUGUGUCAGAAAUGAAAAUGAGAGACUACUGAUGCAAGCCGACUCCCAGCUGCUGGGUGGUUGUUUGGGUCAAGGCCCUGGUCAUCUGUGUAAGACCCUGUUACCUCUCCCGAUUUUCUCCAGCUCUCUACCUCAUGCUGUAGAGACACUGGUCACAAUCACGACUUGCUACUGAGGGCAGAGAAUCAUGCAUGUCCCUUUGUGUGCUUCAGAUCUCCACACUCAUUUUAACCUGCUUUUAUUUUUUUUUUUUACUCUUAUUUAUUACUACAUGGUGAUAAUGAUAAUGAUUGUCUUUGAUGUUAUUGUUUUUUUUCAUCAUUUUUUAUAUAGCUAAUACAAAUUGUACAUAAAGAAGAAAAGAUUUAUAAAAGCACUUUUAAUCUUGAUUUUAAUGACAAACAGAAAGAGCCGAUUAUUGACAACUUGAAGCUUUUGUUUUUUUCUUUUUUUUUUAAUUUUCUCAAGAGAGAGAUAAAAAAAAAAAUGUAAAUAUCAAACUAUUUAGGUAAGAUUAUUUAACUUGUGAGGAAAGUAACAAAACCAUGAAUGACAUGGGGGUAUUUUGGAAGCCCUAAACAUCAGUAAACAACACUUGGCCCCAAUGUAUGUAAAUCUGUGCUUAGUAACUCUGCUGUUUUGCUUUCCUAAGUACUGUACCCCCUGUCGGCAUGUGACUGACAGAGCCCUGGAAAUUUCUGAAAAUGAAUUAGUCGGCCCAAUUAUGUAACUUAGCUGACUCCCUGACAGCAGUAAAGAGAAAAUAGAAGCUUUCCUGUGUUGCAGUUGUGCAAAUGUAUGAAUUUAGUUUUAGUUUAACAGCUUUGUGGUAUUUUUUUAAGUACUCUUAAACUCAUGAAAGGUUCAUGACAGCAUCAUAUUUCUAUUUAAAAAAAAGAGCAAAAUUCUAAUUAUGUGAUUCCCAACAGCAGGGAACUUUGUCAUUAAGCUAAGGACAAACCUAAAUCAGCCGCCCUGAGCGCGAUAAGCGGUAAACAGCUCGACUUAAUCAGCUGAUUAGUUUAGCUUAGCAGUGACUGAAAUCACGAGGAAACGGCAAACCUAAAAAAAAAUCUUAACUACCAGCACCUUUGAAGCUCUUUAACACACGUUGUGUAAGGUUUGUUUAAGCUGCUGAAAUUGUGGUUUUACAGGGAGUUAUGUGCCAGGCUGCUUCCUUGGGUAACAAGGCCACCAGCAGAUAUUAAAAGAAGUCACUGCUCCCAACCUGGAAACUGUCUGGUACACAGUCCCCUGAAAAGAGAGAGAGAGAGAAAAAACAGCCAUAUUUAGCUCUAAAGCAGCCGACAGGCAGACUUUGUCACCUUUUGCCGUUUCCUCUGUGCUCGGUCUUUCUGCUAAUCUCAGCUGUCUGAUGGCUGCGGCUUCAACAGCACUUACUGGGUUUGUCUUCUGAUUGUCAACAGGACAGCGAAUGGGAAAUUGUGAAAUGAUGAGCUAUUCUUUUAAUAUCAGACGCCCUUCCAAAUUUUACCGCCAUUCAUGUGUAGAACUUGGGGAGAGGGAGGGGGCGGGGGCGUCGGGGAGCAUACUGAUUGCUGCAGAGCCAGUCUGAGGUGAAACACUGGGCGAUGUUUUAACGAGUUAUUUCCCAGCAGUCUUUGUCAGUUGUGUUGCUGCCUCGCUGCUUGCUUAGAUGUUUCUGUCAUUAAUAUCUGCUCGAGCUUUUGUAAUAGCCAAGUGUGCACGUGGCAGAAAAAUCACAGCCCCCCCCCCGCCCCGUGGAAGACAACAGAUGUUUCAAUUGUCUUUAAGAUUCGAUGAUGCACACAAUGUCUAACAGUAGUUUGGUAGUACAGCAACAGGGCCCAUUUUGUUUGUUGAGCCUAAGACUUGCCCAUACAUUACUCACACAAACACACACACACACACACACCGAAACAAAAGGGUGCUGAGGAUAUGGUGCACAUGCUAUUUUGUUGACUUUGUACAUUUCUAAAUGCUUCACUAGUUUGGUGGAUGGUUCUCAUGAGAGGCACCACCUCCCAAGCAAACAUGUACUGAGAUCCUGGGGUGUGGGGGUGGGGGUGGGCCGGUUCAGCUGGUGCUAUGAUGCUAUACCUUAAAAAUUCACUGUGUAAAAAAAAUAAAAAUAAAAAUAAAAAAAGCGAGGGAUAAAUGAUUACCACAAAUAUUUUUCUGAGCUCUUCGAAUGUCAAGAGAACUAUACUUUUGAUUAAAGCAGUUUCGCAGGAAGGGAAGCUGCCCUGGUGCUGACUUUAUGAAAAGUCUUUUGUUACAACGCUACAAAUUUACAUCUCUUUUUGAGGGCAGGUGGUGCACUCAAACUGUUGAUUACAUUCUCUAUUAAUCUUCAUUCCAUACUGUACUUGAAUUCAUUUAAAAUAGGACGAGAUAUAGAAUCAUAUUAUAUGAAGACUGUUAGCUGGGUUUUACAUUUGGUACCGUGCAAGUACCAGAGGCUAUUCAAAUUAUCUUUUGAGUAUGUUGUACAUGUUCAUGUUAACUGAAUGCUAAGAUAUUUGAACAAUACAAAAAAAAAAAAAAUUGCGUACUGCCUCCCUCUUCCUCUCCCAAGUGAUGCACUUCCUUUACUCACUCUCUUUCUCCUAAUCCUUGUAUAGUUUGUCACACGCAGAUAUGGAUAAACACACGUAGAUACACAUCUAAUUGUGUAACGGCCCACUUUUAAAACUUAUAAAAGUUUAAUGAACACUUGAAAUUUGGGAUAGAGACUUGACGCUGGCCCACAAAAUUAAAAAAAAAAAGAGAAAAAGAAUGAAAGAAAAUGAACCAACACAACUGGCAGCUACAUUCCUUUGAGUUUUAGGAUUGUUCUUGGUUCUUUAUUUUUCACGUCAAGGAUGCAGUAUGUAAAAAAAAAAA